UGUCCCUACUAUCUGUCAUUCCACGCUCGAAUCUCCCCAAUCAUUCUCUCUAUCCAUCUCUUUCUCCUUCUUCAAUGGAAAUCGAUUCCCUCCCCAACGGUACCGCCGCGUCGCCGGGACCGACCCUAGGACCCGGCCCCACCGCCGCAACCCCUCCUCCGUCCUCGAAACUGAGCCACCUCGCCGACUCCCUGAAGCUGGAGCACCAGUUCCUCAGAGUCCCCUUCGAGCACUACAAGAAGACGAUCCGCGCCAACCACCGCGUCGUGGAGAAGGAGAUUUCCUCCGUUAUUAACGGCGUCUCCGAAGCAGCUGACCGGGACAACAUGUCGUCGGACGACGCCGUGAAUCAUCUCAGCUCCCUCGUUUCCAGGCUGCAGGGGCUUAAACGAAAGUUGGAAGAGGGGAGUAAGACGGAGCACUUGCAGGCGCAGAGGUGCCGGGCUCGGCUUGAUCAUUUAGAAUCGGCAGAUGUGGAGAGUCUGUCUGAAUGGAGUAACACACGUGUGAACCGGAUCCUUGUGGACUACAUGUUGCGGAUGUCUUAUUAUGAUACGGCAGUGAAGCUGGCGGAAAGCAGAAAUAUUCAGGAUUUUGUUGAUAUUGAUAUAUUUCAAGAAGCAAAAAAGGUUAUUGAAGCCCUUCAGAAUAAGGAGGUAGGCCCUGCCCUAGCCUGGUGUGCCGAGAACAAGUCACGAUUAAAGAAAUCCAAGAGUAAAUUCGAGUUUCAGCUGAGACUUCAAGAGUUUAUAGAGUUGGUACGAGCUGAAAAUAACUUGCGAGCGAUCACAUAUGCUCAAAAGUACCUAGCACCAUGGGGAACUACUCAUAUGAAAGAAUUCCAGCGGGUCUUUGUAACAGUAGCUUAUAAGAGUACUACAGAAUGUGCUACAUACAAGGUUUUAUUUGAGCCAAAGCAAUGGGAUUACCUGGUUGACCAAUUCAAACAGGAAUUCUGCAAGUUAUAUGGCAUGACGCUUGAGCCUUUGCUGAAUAUUUAUCUGCAAGCAGGCCUGUCUGCUCUUAAAACCCCAUACUGUUAUGAUGAUGAUUGCACCAAGGAGGAUCCGCUAUCACAGGAGGGUUUCCGGAAACUAGCCCUGCCCUUACCUUAUUCUAAGCAGCAUCAUUCAAAGCUUGUUUGCUACAUAACUAAGGAACUAAUGGACACGGAGAACCCACCGCAAGUCUUGCCCAACGGCUAUGUCUACAGCACUAAGGCAGGCUCUUGAAGAAAUGGCGAGGAAGAAUGAUGGUAAGAUUACUUGUCCAAGGACAGGAUUGGUAUGCAAUUUCACAGAUCUGGUGAAGGCAUAUAUAUCAUGAAUAUACAUAUUAUUGCCCUUUUAAAUUAUUCAAGUCUAACUGUCAAAAUAUCCUCCUCUCUGUCUCUGUACAUAAAAUCCUUUCCUGCCGGACGUCCGGCUCAUCGUCAACUUGGAAGUUGGUAUUACUGUUGGGGGAUUGAAGCAUGUACAUAUAUGCAGAAUUACUUUCCAGAAUUUAUUUUCAAGUUGCUGAACAGAAGACAUUCCACACGUUAAUAUUUCAAUUAAUUUACUCUACUGCUUUGAGCUGUAAAAACUAAGUCAUGGGAAUCCAUGUUGACGGCAUCUAAACCCAACUUGCUGGGCAAGUAGCUCCACAAUUCCGAAGA